AUGGUGAACGACAUUGUGACUGAGGCUGACAUUGUAGUGGCCGGAGGUGGGGCAAGCGGCUGUGUUCUUGCUAGUCGAUUGGCAGCGGCUGAUCCAUCUCUUACCGUCCUCAUUUUGGAGGCAGGACCGGCGACUCGAGAUGACCUCUCACAUAUCCAACCCGCUCGAUUCUUGAGCCAUCUAGUCCCAGGUAGCCGAACCGUCAAAAUUUACGUUGGUGAAGAAAGUGCAGAUCUUGGAGGACGUCCUGCUAUAGUUCCCUGUGGCCAAUGUUUGGGUGGAGGAUCCAGUGUGAAUGCGGCUAUGUAUACUCGUCCUUCGGCAUCGGAUUAUGAUGAUUGGGAGACCGUUUAUGGCAAUGAUGGAUGGGGUUCGAACUCUCUCAUUCCGCUCCUGCGGAAGAUGGAGACUUACCAACUCAAGUCUCACUCGGAUACUCACGGGUCUUCAGGACCGCUCAAAAUCUCGCAGGGUGGAUACUUCACUAACCUCGGCGAACAGUUCCUCGAUGUGGCGGCCAAGUAUGACAAAACGCGAUCUGUAACUGAUGAUCCCAACGGAAUGCGGGAGAGCAGUAUAAACGUUUAUGGUAGAUGGCAAAAAUACAUUGAUGUCGAGAGCGGAAGACGAUCUGAUGUCCCUCAUAACUAUAUUUACAAUCACGACUUUCCCAAUCUACAUAUUAUGACUGGUAAUCAUGUCAAACGGGUCGUCUUCGAAGACAACCGUGCAGUUGGUGUUGAAUACGUUUCCUCAGGGGCGCAAGUAGUACGUUUGGCCCGCGCAAAUCGACUGGUCGUUGUAUCCGCUGGAGCAUUUGGGUCUCCGGCCAUUCUGGAGAGGUCUGGAGUCGGAAAACGUUCCUUAAUAACGGGCCUCGGCAUUCCUAUAAUUUCUGAUCUGCCAGGAGUAGGGGAGAAUUAUCAAGAUCACAUUAUCACUUUCGCCCAGUAUCAUGUAGCUGAAGAUGCUGAAACUCUCGAUAAUUUUAUGCGAGGCGAUAGUCUUGAGAUUGAAAAAUGGACGGCACAGUGGGAAAAAGAUGGAUCCGGAUUCAUAGCACACAAUUCUAUCGAUGCGGGCGUCAAGCUGCGACCCUCUACCGCGGAGCUCGAAGCUAUUGGUCCAGCAUUCUCACAGCGAUGGUCAGAGUAUUUUGCACAUGCCCCUGACAAGCCUCUCAUCCUCAGGUAUCUUGGCGGUCAGCCCGCAGAUCCUGGCAGAAAAUACCUCACGAUGGGAUGCUAUGUCCAAUACCCGAAUUCAGCAGGCUAUACUCAUAUCAACUCUGCCCACGAUGUGGACGGCGCCCCUACUUUCAACCCGAGAUAUCUUAGCGGUGCAGAUGACGUAGCCCUUCUCCGGUGGGGAUACAAGUUCUGCAGAGAGAUUGCUCGGCGCAUGCCAUCCUACCGCGGAGAGUUCGUCGCGGGUCAUCCAAUCUUCCCCCAAAAUAGUCAGGCAGCUUGCCAUCCUGAAGGUUCUCCGACCGCUGUUUCCGAUCCUAAUAUCCAGUAUAUGGAGGAAGAUAAUAAAGCUAUCGAUGAAUACACUCGUAGCGGCGUUACGACUAUCUGGCAUUCGAUGGGGACUUGUGCGAUGAAAGCGCGUGAAAUGGGAGGCGUCGUAGACUCUCAAUUAAACGUGUACGGCGUUGAACGACUCAAAGUUGCGGACAUGUCCAUAGCGCCUGCAAAUGUCUCCGCCAAUACUUAUUCCACCGCUGUGGUAAUCGGAGAAAAGGCUGCGACUAUCAUCUUGAAGGAUUUGAACAUCGGUGUAUGA